UUUUUAAUGUUAAUGAAGUUCAACUUAUCCAUAUUGAGUUUAUUUUAUCUAUGGUAAGGGUCACUUUUGUUUUGUUUUUGCAUUUGACUAUCCCAAUUCUCCUGGGUCCGUUUGUUCAAAGGGCCAGGUACCUUUAAGCAGCGCAGGCUGCACAAACCCCCGGCCGUUCUGCCAGCAGUCAGACUGCAUGGGGUUGAGCAGAAUGUGGUAGCGUGCUGGUGCUUCAUGGUGAGCAAAGAAAGGAUGGGCGGAUUACCAAGGGCCUUGGUCUGGUCUCACAUCCUUUUGGAGAUACUUUGUGCCAGGGCUGGGUUUUCUGGUGACUCCGGGCGGUACUACGAUUCCCAGCAUGCACUGCGCGGGCCUCGAAGUGUGGCUGCGCGGGAAGGGCUGGGACACGGUUUCUGGUACCGAGAUCGAUUUCUCAAGGUUUUGGCCUGAGCGAGGGACUAGCAAGCCGAACCGUGAGAAGUACCACCUCCCCACUCAGACACAGCCCCGUCCGCCGGUCCGCCGUAGCCUCCCUCUCAGAUCUGGACCGGACUCGUUUCUUCCUCGAGUUUCCCGCGGAGACUAAACCUUGAAGACGACCAACCGCAGCCGAGAGUUUUGCCCGCCGGGCCAACCAGAGGCGAGAUGGAAGAGGCGGGGGUGGGAGCCGCCACAGGGUCCAGGAGAGAGUCCAUUUCUCCUGUAAAGGGCGAGUCGCCCCUACUGGGGCCCCGAGGGGAGCAAAGGAGCUGCGGGGGGGUGCGGAAGCGCAGGGACCCCUCCCCGCUUGGAUGGGGACCGCGGCGGGGCCGGGCUUACCCUGCAACAGCCCCCUCUAGGUGUCCGGGCCCAGCCUCGGCCACCGCGUCUCACCAGACUCCUCUGGGCUCCUCAGUGCCACACGCCAGCUGCCUAGACCUGUGGAGGGAAAAGAAUGAUCAGCUAGUUCGACAGGUCAAGGUGGCUCAGGACUCGCGUCUGUCUCUAAGGCGACAGCAGUUGGCUCAAGAUGCACUGGAAGGGUUCAGGGGACUCCUCCAUAGUCUGCGGGGACUCCCUGCCGCUGUUCCUGUUCUCCCAUUGGAAUUGACUGUUACCUGCAAUUUCAUUACCUUGAGGGCAAGCCUGGCACAGGGUUUCACUGAGGACCAGGCACAGGAUAUCCAACAGGGCCUGGAGAGAGGUGCUUCUCAGACCAGGGGCACUUUUGUGACCUUUGGGCUCCUGCAGAAAGAGAAAACCAGAGAUGAGGUCCCAACCUCUGCUCUGUGUGUGUUCUCUACAGUGCUGGAGACCCAGGAGCAGCUGGGGCCCAGACUGGAAUGUGGGCUCAGGGGUCUGUGGGACUCCAUUUUCGGUUAUUCCUCCCUUCUGCUGGAGCUACUCCCUGCCCUUCACCUCCUGGCUGGCCUGCAGGCUGCCCUCUGGCUCAGCACUGACAGUCUUGGGGACUUGACCUUCCUGCUGCAGACCUUGAAUGGCAACCAGAGUGAGGCCUCCGAGAAUCUGCUACUGCUUCUGAAAACUUGGAGCCCCCCAGCUGAGGAGUCAGAUGCGCCAUUGACCCUGCAGAAUGCCAGGGGCUUAAGGGAUGUCCUUCUUACAGCUUCUGCCUAUCGCCAAGGCCUCCAGGAGCUGAUCACAGGAAGCCUGCCCACGGCACUGAGCAGCCUGCAAGAAGCAGCCUCAGGUCUGUGCCCGCGGCCUGUGUUGGUCCAGGUGUACACGGCUCUGGGGACCUGUCUCCGUAAAAUGGGCAAUCCACAAAGAGCUCUGCUGUACUUGGUGGCAGCCCUGAAAGGGGGAUCAACCUGGGGUCCCCCGCUUCUGGAGGCCUCCAGGCUGUAUCGGCAACUUGGGAACACAGCAGCAGAGCUGGAGAGUCUGGAGCUGUUGGUUGAGGCCUUGAAUGUCACUCACAGUUCUGAAGCCCCCCAGCUUCUCAUUGAAGUAGAGUUACUACUCCCCAGACCUCACCCGGCCUCACCCCUUCACUGUGGCACACAGAGCCAGGCCAAGUACUUGUUAGCAAGCCGAUGCUUAGAGGUGGGAAGGGCAGAGGAUGCUGCAGAGCAUUACUUGGACCUGCUGGCUCUGAUGCUGGAUGGCUCAGAGCCAAAGUUCUUCCCCCCCCCUCCCCCCCCAGGCCCUUGUAUACCCGAGGUGUUCUUAGAGGCAGCAGCAGCGCUGAUCCAGGCAGGCCGAGCCCAGGAUGCCUUGACUGUUUGUGAGGAGCUGCUCAGCCGCACGUCAUCUCUGCUUCCCAAGAUGCCCCAGCUGUGGGAAGAUGCCAGAAAAGGAAUCAAGGAGUCACCACACUGCCCAUCCUGGGUCUCUGCCACCUACCUGCUUCAGGGUCAAGCCUGGGUACAGCUGGGGGCCCAAAAAGAAGCAAUUAGUGAAUUUAGCCGGUGCCUUGAGCUGCUGUUCCGGGCCACACCUAAGGACAAAGAACAAGGGCCUGCUUCCAGUGGUGAGAAGGGAUGUGUAUCAGAUGUGGCACUACAACAGCUUCGGGCAGCUGCCCUGAUUAGUCGUGGACUGCAGUGGGUGGCCAGUGGCCAAGAUACCAAAGCCCUACAGGACUUCCUCCUCAGUGUGCAGAUGUGCCCAGGUCAUCAGGAUGCUUCCUUUCACCUGCUUCAGACUCUGAGGAGGAUGGAUCGGAGGGAUGAGGCCACUGCUCUCUGGUGGAGGCUAGAGGCCCAAACUAAGUUGCCACAGGAGAAUGCUGCAUGGUCUCUCCCCCUGUACCUAGAAACCUAUUUGGGCUGGAUUUGUUUCCCUGACCGUGAAACCCUUCUUGAGGAGUUUCAGACAUCUCUGCCGGAGCCUUGUGAUCUGUAGCUGCCACAUUUUAAGGAGCCUGAGCUAGGGCUCAGUGGCCCAUUUCUCUGUGGGGAGGGCUUUCUGCUUUACCAUUCUUGUGGAAUGUGGGUGAAACUAAUCGUUCCUAUAUAAGACUGGCAUUGGAGAAGUUGGUAGUAGUCCUGCAAAAUUUGGCCUAGUUGCUGCCAUUCUGGUUCCAGAGGAAGCCCUGUUGCCACCAAAAAGGCAUUAAUUUUGCUUAUGACACCUUCUUCCUGUUUUCCCUUUAAUCGUGUUGAGUAAAAUCUCAUAUUUA